AUCGCCCAAAGUCUCCAGAUUGUUUACCCACUGCACCACCACCCCCUUACAACCUGUCAUUUUAGCCAUCGCAAAUCCAAUCCCACUCUCUCAACUCCUUGCACCAACAACACCCCUCCAUUGACUCUCACCCUCCACCCCCCACCGACCGACCGCGGUCGGGGUGCCCUCUCACCGACCUAAACCACACCACCAACAACCAAACACAAUGGCUUCCUCACAACCCUUCGGCACGCGCUCCUACGCCUCCGGAAAACUCCCCGAUCGAUCCAUCAACGCCAACGCCCUCCCCUUCAGCGCCUCCUCCUUCUCGCGACACCGCAGUCUCGCCGGCGCGCCCGGCGCUCCCACAGCCGGCGACUUCGCCGACCCCAAAGCCAGCCAACAGGCACCAGGUCCAUCGCAAGCACCACCGCAACCACCCAUGCAUUCACAACCCCAACAAGACACGAAUCCCUUGAACCGAUUGACAGAGGAGCAACGCGAAGAGAUCAACGAAGCUUUCACCCUCUUCGACCUCGACCGCGACCGCCACCUCGACUACCACGAACUCCGCGUCGCCUUCCGCGCCCUAGGCUUCACCCUCCCCAAACAAGAGCUCAUCUCCCUCCUAACCACCUACGGCGUCCCGCGUCCCCAAGUCCAACAACAGCAACAACAGAACGCCGGCAACCCUCCCCCACCCCAGCAACAACAGAACCGCGCGGCAGCAACUACGAACCCCCAACACCCGAGUAACCUGCUCAUGCCACUAUCGGCCUUUCAGGCCGUCACGGCGCUGAAGAUACUGGAGCGGGAUCCGCGCGACGAGAUCCUGCGCGCGUUCGAACUGUUCGAUGAAGGCGGAAAGGGGUAUAUUGAUUUGGAGGAUUUGAGGCGCGUGGCCAGGGAAUUGGGUGAGACGGGCCUCGAGGAGGAGGAGUUGAGGGCUAUGAUUGAGGAGUUUGAUUUGGAGGGUGUCGGGGGUGUUACGCGCGAGGCGUUCGUCGGGAUUUGUUGGCAGUGAUUUUUUUUUUUCCUUUUCUUUUAUACCUCUCUUUUUUUAGUUUUUUCUAUUAUUGGAUAUGUAUGUGGAUUGGGUGGAAUAUCCCGGUUUGGUGGGUAGAUGGGAGAUGGAUUGUUUAUUCUUGUUUACCUGACUGAGUUGUUGUCCUUGGUGUGUCUGUUUUCUUGUUGACGUCUAAUUAUUUACCACUCGUACUCUGCAUGGACUGGCGCCGAUUGAUUUGGGAUUUUGACUAU